GUGCAUUGUAUAUUGAUCGUAGAAAAGAUGUGAUGUUCAGGAACUUUAAAAUGUCGGAAGAAGUACUGGAAGAGGGAACCAAUUUAGAACAGAUAGAAAAUAAAGCUGAAGCACUGAGCAAGGAUGGGAAUUUAACCAUAAUUGAAAACACAGAAUCGGCCGAAAUUGUUAGUUCGUGUGCAAAUUCUGACGAAUUAAACUGUGAUACUGGGAUUACAAAUACUCCUGAAUUAACUGAAAAAUCUUCCGCGAAGUUAAUGGAAGACAAAGCUAUUACUGGCAAUGAUGGGAUUAAUGAAAGUACUGAGACAGAAUCUUGUGGUGCGAGUGGAGGUUAUGUUGGUUCUGAAGAAGAAUUCAGCAAUCCUUGUCAGCCAUGUUUAGAGAAUGAUAGAAAUAUUGACUCGUUGUUAUACUGUGUCGAGUGUGAAGAUUAUUUGUGUGAAAAAUGUGUGGAAAUGCAUAGAAUGGUUAAACCUACCAAAAAGCAUAAACUUGUACCUAAAGAAGUACUAAAUAACUGUGGAGAUGAGUUGAUGAUAAACAGAGAAGAGGAAUGUCCUAUUCAUAUGAAAGAAGUUAUUGAAUGGUUUUGUAUUUCAGAUGAUAAGCUAUGCUGCAAUAUAUGUAAAGCAACCGAACAUAACAAAUGUGAAAGUAUAGUUGCCAUUGCAAGUGUAGCUGAAAUAACGAACAUUCAAUCAAUAGUAGAAAAAAUAGCAGAAACCCAAGGUCAACUAAAAGAUGCAAUUGAGAAAAAGAAUGUAGAUAUCACAAACCUAGAUGAAGACAGAAACGAUUCAUUGCAAGUGUUAAAGCAGAUCAAACGAGACACCGAAGAUACUUUCCAACGAUUAUUACGUUCUCUGGAGAAAGAAAACAAGAAAGUUGAAAACAUAUUCAAAAAAGAGAAGAAAAAGUUUUCGGCCGAUAUAGAAAAUUAUUCAAGAAUAAACAAGGGCUUAAACACAACUCUAACGUUGCUUCAAAAAGAAAACAUCUGUCUUGAAUACAAAUUUAUUCAAAUGAAAAAGGCAGAACAGCAACUACAAGCAGUUCAGAAAGCAAUUUUGAUUGCGCCUUCUAGACCGGCAUCACAUAAAAUAGGAUAUGAGAGAGACAAACAAUAUGAUAAGAAUUUGGCCGCUUUUCAAAGAUUCGGAUUCUUUGACAGUGAUAAAAGAACUUACACAAGCUCGGAGUCAAGACGCAUAAAUAUCAUACAAGCGAGAGAGAGGCUUCCAACUGUGUUUGACAUGUGUGUGGCAGGGAAUGACAUGAUUCUGAUAACAGACUGGACCAAUGGCUGCAUUAAAGCUAUUGACACAAACAAGGCAGUGGUAUCAAGCACACUUCAAAUGUCGUCAAGCCCAUUUGGCAUCUGUAAACUAGAAGAUGGAGCGUUUGUUGUAACAAUUACAUACCGUCGGAAAGUCAGUAUUAUAAAGUUCCAUCGAAAUAUACCGGACCGGUUAAAGGAAAGUUCGUCUUUUGAAACUGGAGAAUGCUGUCGUGGAAUAGCAUACAGUAAUAAAAGGUUAUUUGUGGCAUGUGGAGGACAGGAUGAGAAAGAAGGGCCGGGUCACAUUAGAAUGUUUGAUACUGAAGGAAAUAUUUUGAAAACAGUAACGAAUGACUCAUUUGGAAAAGCAACUGUUGGCUUUCCUUGUAAAAUAUCAUUCCUUUCUGGCGGGACAACUGCACUUAUAACAGAUGACAACAAUUUGAUUCAUCUCAAAUUAUCAAAAAAAGAUAAUUUUAACAUCAAAAAGCUAAAUACAACAAUGCCAUCACAUACUCACUAUGCAUCUGUCUGCUUUGACGCGAAUGGACAUGCUUUGAUUGCGGAAACUUCUACAAAAUCAAUAAUGUUACUUUCGAAAGUUUCACUUCUUUUGAACCAGUUGUGACGGGUUUGCAACAAUUUCCGUCUGCAAUAUCAUUCGAUCACCUGAAUUUAAAAAUGUAUGUCGGGUUUUGGGAAUCUGCAGAUUUGUUAUGUUUUCAGCUGGACAAAAACAUGUGGGAUAAGCCAUCAACUUUCAGCUUAAGACAAAGUAAUAUUGAUCCAUGGUUGAAAUAAAGAAGAUAUCAAUAUAAAUCAAUAUAAUGAACAUUCAAUCAUAAAUUAAAAGAUAUUGAAAUUUUUACACAUAAGUAAUGGCCCAUAAAAAGAACAUAAAAUAGUUCCAGAACAGAUAAUAAAGUAUGGUGUUGAAGCAAUUUAUAUUUAAUUUCGAAUAUGAAGAUAUAUGAUAAUUACUACAUCUUCGACAAUAAAAUGUUUAAAUGCUGACGUUAAUUUGAUGUUUUAACUUUGUACAUAAACACUUUUGUAACAGAAUGUAAGUGCACGUAUAUUAUUAUUUGUACAUAAUAAAUGUUCACAUUAAACUAAAGAAACAUGAUUGUCUUUAUAUUCCUAUCAUGUAAAAGAGCUUUAUGCGAAAGUAACAUUUCAUAAAUGUUGAGCUGUUGGUUAUUAACAUUUGUUUUUGGUUCUAUUUUAAGGAUCAAUGAAAAUCAUUGUGCAAGAGAGUGUUUUAAAAGACAAGUACUUUAAUAAGUUUAAGUCAACAUUUACAUGAUGAUACUUGCAUAUGAUUAAGUGAUAGCAUACUCCAAAUGAUAUUACAAUGUGAAAGUAAAUAAUAAACGGUUGUAUGAUUUGCAAGUAAAUUUUGUAUAAUUGUUUAUGAUACAAAAGAUUGCCGCUUAUAAAUGUCCAUCUUGAACUUAUUUUCUUUUGCUUAGGCUUUGAAUGAAUAUUGAUAGUUGAAAUGAAAUAAAGAAAAAAAC